AUGGCCGCCGGAACUAGACCGUCAGCACGGAAUACCAUUCCCUCCAGAAAUGGAACAGGAUAUUUCUUCACCGCCGUCUUCGUGGCUCUCUCCCUGCUUGCGGUGUACAUCCUCCGCAUCGCCUCCAUCAGGUCAGGUGUGUCCGACAAGAUGGAACACAUCACCACGAUCAACGAAUUCACGGAACACCCGCUGCGCCUCCGCACCACGUACACCGGGCUAGCGCCUGUGGACAAAGGUCUCUCGUUCCUGGUAGCGGCUUUCAUGAAUGGUGCUGCAGGGUGGGACCAGGGCUUCCUCGUGUUCAUGAUGUAUUUCUUGUUCUCGUUUUUCCCGAUCAUCGCUAUCUGGGCGAUCGAGAGUGGCAGGGACAGGAACGGACUUACGUUGACGAGAUUUACCAGCAUAUACGCGCUAUUCUACCAAACGGUCGGGGGCGCCAUCAUAGUCCCCAUCUACUAUCUGGCAUACCUUUACGACACAUCGUCGAAUCAAUACUGGACGAAGCCGCGACGCGUCCCGUUGCCGUACGCAAAAGCCUUGCUUCCUGCAGUGGUGAUCGGGUAUUUGAUCCCCACGAUCCUGAUGUUCCUGCCUUACUCGGCGCCCGACCUGUGGACGACCCAGGCCAUGGUGGCUUUCUGGCAGCCUAGUCCGUGGUACGUCGACGGGCUCCUGUGGCUUCUACCGAAAUUCUAUCCAGGCGGCGCUUCCACAACCCACGCUCGGGCAAAGCAGGAGAAAGCCUCCGGGCACGACGACAUCGGAUAUCUCAAUACGGUGUACAUGGUCUCCUUCGCCGUGGCCGCCCUGUCCCACGUCGCCGUCAUGUCGACGUGUCUCCUCUCCUCCAACCCGCAGCAUUCGUUCCAGCACAUGUUCCUGCCCCCCUCGGCGGACGGCGUCCACGCCUCGCUGGUCCAGGGCAUCCACGGCAUCUUCCAGGCGGACUACUGGAUCAUCUUCGCGGCGUCCGUGGCGUGGGCGUAUCUGGCAAUCUGGGAUCUGAAGAGGGCAGGGUUGAAGAGGGACGUGGGUCUCGGCGCGGCGCUGGCGGCCAUGGUGCUGGGAUGUGUGGUCCUGGGGCCCGCCGCGACCGUCACCCUGGUUUGGUGGUGGAGGGAAGGGGUUUUGGUCGCGGCGGAGCGCACAUAA